AUGGGUGGUAAUUCUAGCAAGAGUACAGCAUCUCAACCAGAGGUUCCUCGUAAUUGGAACGCUACGCACAUUCGAUCACAAAAAAACAAAAUUGUGAUUGUUACGGGUGGUAAUUCCGGAAUCGGCUUUAUCACUGCGCUAGAAUUAGCUCGUAAUGGAGCGCACGUGGUGCUAGCGUGUCGUAAUCGAGAGCGUGGAUUAAAAGCAGAAGCUGACAUUCGAGAACUUAUCCGAUAUGCUCCUGAUCAUGGUACUGUGAAACUUGUGCUUGUGGACAUUGGAGACUUGAGUAGCGUGCAUGCUUUCUGUGAAUUGUUUAAAAAGAUGCAUCCUCGAGUGGAUCUCCUUAUCAACAAUGCUGGUAUCGUUGGAGGCACGUACACUAAGACAGUAGAUGGUCACGAGCUCCAAUUUGCCACUAAUUAUUUAGGGCACUUUGCUUUAACUGCCCAGUUGUUUGAUCAACUGAAAAAGAGCGAAUGUGCUCGAGUCAUUACUGUUAGUAGCGUUCUACACCGUCAUGCAUAUUUUGUAUUCGAUGAGAACAACAUUAUGGUUAAAAACGAAAAGGAAUAUGGACAAAUCGCAACAUAUUGUGUCUCAAAGCUCUGCAAUCUUCUCUUCACACUGGAAUUUGAUCGUCGUUUGAAAGCUGCAGGGAUUAACACGAUUAUCGCUGCUGCAGCUCACCCUGGGUAUUGUGAUACGAACAUUAUGAAGAAAGGUGCACAGACUAAUGACAACAAUUGGUGGUGGUGGUUGGUCUUUCGUACAGUCGCGGCCGUUCCACCACAAAGUGCCGAGAAAGGAGCGUUGCCAAUCUUGUAUGCUGCUACAGCUGAAAAUGUGAAGGGUGGCGACUACUACGGACCAAAGUAUAUGGAGUGUUACGGUUCCCCUAUACGUGAAGAUCCAUCAUCUCUGAGCAAGUCCGAGAGUGCAGCUUCUAAGCUUUGGGAUCUGAGCGAGAAGCUCACUCGAUUGAAGUUUGAAGUUACCAAGUAA